GGCGGAGAGCCUGUCUGCGAGGCUAGCUAACCUCGCCGCCUGACGCCGACAACGACAACCGGAACACAAAGUCAUUUAUGACGUGGUCUGUUAGGUUAGGAUCUCCUAGGUUUGCGGAAGCAAAAUCAUAAUAAUGUUCGAAAUUUCGGAUGUUCAGAAAAUUGGUGUGGGCUUGGCAGCGUUUGGAGUUUUCUUUUUAUUUCUGGGCGUGAUACUUAUAUUCGAUAAAGGCCUGCUGGCCAUAGGAAAUAUUUUAUUUAUUUGUGGUUUAGCAUGUGUGAUUGGCUUGGAAAGAACAUUCCGUUUCUUCUUUCAAAGACAUAAAGCCAGAGCAUCUCUUGCUUUCUUCGGCGGCAUUGGUGUUGUCCUUUUGGGAUGGCCACUCAUUGGAAUGUGUUUGGAGACCUACGGUUUUGUUCUCCUUUUCAGUGGAUUCUUCCCAGUGGCUAUAAACUUCUUGAGACGAGUACCGGUGCUGGGAACUUUCCUGAACCUUCCAGGAGUUUCUGGGGUAGUGGAUAGACUGGCUGGUGAUAGCAACAGAACAACUGUCUAAAUUAUUCGAGAAAAGAACUGGUUUAAUUUAGUUUUUAAAAUGUCAUUAUUUUGAAAGAAAGGCUGAAGUUACACCCUGUUUGUUUUUAGUCAUUGAAGGUUUAUAGAAAUGCUUUCCAUUUCUUUUGAAUUCAAACCCUGAGAACUAUGCUCUCUCUGGUAACAUUUUCUUAGGAGAAGAGGUUUAUAGAUACAACAUCUCAUGAAAACUUGAAAGUGUUGCCACGUAUAGAAUACCAUGCAAUCAAAUUACCAACGCCUCAUAGUUCUAAGUCAAGAGGUUUCCCAUUUCUCUAGAGAUCUCAAUGCUAAUUUCAUUUGCAGUUUGUGUGCCAGUGUCCAGGAAGAUUUUUCUCAUCUGCAUUCCCUUAUCCUAUUUUCCUAUGUGUCAUUUCAUGCUUUUACUCUGCUAUUUUGCCCUCGUUUUUAAAACUUUUAAAAUCUGGUUUUUUUUUUUAAUAUUAUGGUUUGACUGCCUUGCAUCUACAUCCUGUAAAACCAUAUGUGUGCCCAAUAAUUGUUAAACAUCAAGAUAUCUGAUUUGUUUGAUUUGAGGCUUCAUUCAAAUUCUUUAUUUUCUUUGCUUUCAUCAAUGCCAUACAAAUAUCAAUGAAUUGAAUUGUCGUCAGUAUCAUGAUGAUGGCAUUUUGAUAUUCUUCACAUCAUUGUGUCCUUUUUCCCCCACAUGUGUGUUCCAUUCAUGAUUUGGAAUAAAUCAGAUUUUGCCAUCUAUGCUAAUUGCUCAUGAAAGUACCUUGAGUAGACCUUAAUGAAUUUAAAGAAACCAAAGUGUGCACAUUUUGUCAUUAAAACUGUACCUAUUGUAAAUAAAUAUAUUAUUUCAACCUGUC